GAAAACUUUUUCAUUGAAAAAUAUUAGUGUAGUGAAAAGUAAUUAUAGGAAAAUUUGGAAAAUUGUUAAAAUUAGCUUAUUAUUAGUGCUAAAUAUAGCGAAGUGAAUGUGAACUGUAAGAAUAAUGAAAAUUUCCAAAAGCAAUAUUAGUUUGGAGCUAGAAUGCGUGGUAGAAGAGCUGUCGGCAGCGCAAUUAGCCGCUUAUGAGAGAGUUGCCAAUGAACACAAUGCCAUAAAAAAUGCGCUAAAAACUGCUUUGAGUAUUAAUGAGGGCAAGGAAUUGUUUAAUGGUCAGGUUUUCCAAGCCUAUUCAUUUAAAGGUAAGGUGUUGCAGGAGCUGAAAGAAGCUACCGUGCCGAAACGAAAGUCCGAGACUCCCAACGAUAAAGGUCCCACUCGUAGCGGCCGUAAAAGAGCGCCAAAUUUUGUGUAUCUUGAAACCUCGGACGAAGAAGAGGACGAUGUUCCGUUAGCCAAACGUAUAGCUGCAGGAGCUGGUAAAUUGAAGCCAGUUGAUGCAACGCCAAGUAAAGGUAAAAAAGGCGCCGCUGCGGAAACACCAAGUGGAAAGGCUUCUCCACAGGUGAGUAAAGCGAAGGCCUCGAAAGAUGCAAAAUCGUCUAAAGGUGGCAAAGCGGCUGUAGAGCCACCCACUUCAGCGUCAACAACCAACUUUCGGCCUUCUGAAGAUAGUUCAGUGGGCGGUUUGCUGAUUGGCUCGGACAACAAAGACGGCAAGGGAUCUAAGGAAAAUAAGGAGACAAAGUUGCAAGGCAAAACAUUUCCUUCCUUGGUGGUUUUGGCUAAACCGUGGCUUAAGGUCAAAGACAUGUCUGCUACACGUAAUAAAUUGGAUUCUAAGGUUAAAUUAGUCUUGAUGUUGACCCCUAACAAGUUUACUGAAUGGUUAAUACAAGAAGGUCUAUUGAAGGCUGAACAAAAAUGCGCUAAUCACAAAACUUCCGAACUAAAAUUAGGUGUCUACUCGGACGCGUCUAAAUUUCCUUAUACCGGGGGUUAUGUCUGGAUUAGUGAAUGUUGUCCUACUCGCUUCGUUUCGGUAUUUCACGGGUCGAUUUUUGAAGGAGCUCCUCAUCCACCUUCGUGUAUUCUAAAAUUGAUAUAUCACUGGGCUUGCCAAACUAAUAUACAAAAUGUGGUACAAUGGGUAAAAGUUGAUAACAUUUACAUCAAAGGAGUCUACACUUGGCUGAGGGCUGUAUGCACUUUAGCGGUUCAUCAAAAGUGGAAAAAAAUUGGUGGUCCUGACAAGUAUGUAGAAGUUGGGGUGAUAUCAUUUGGUACAACAUCACAGGAUGGAUCGCAACGUCAAUUAAAAGUCGAAGUGCUGGGAGUUUUAGAUUACGCAGAGAAGACGAUACGUUUGCGUGCUGUAGAACCACUAACUGACAAUGAUCGCAAUUACAAAAAACGUUUUCAAGUAAUUUUGGAACCAUUAACUCGUUGGGUGAAUAAAGACAGCACUAUUUGCAUUGAUUUGACGGUAGACAAAGCGACUUUAUAUUCCAUGGGAUUUAAAAACGUCUUGCAAGCUUCCGUGGCUGAUAAUAACGCUAAACACACAAAUGCCGCCUGUAUGGAUUAUUUAAGACGUAUCGUACCGAGAAUGUUUCAGAAUACUUUGUCUUUACUUUCCCGGCAAAUGAUACAACAAUUUUUGGAUGAAUUAGUAUGGCGCGAACAAUUCGGAACUUAUGCUUUGCAGGCGUUUAAUAGCAUCACCGCACAUAUUGCUGAACAAACACGUUUAAAUACCAGCGAAUCGCUGACUCAACGGUUAUAUCAUGUGGCUACCAACCCUUUUAAAGACUGGAGUAUUGUACCAGCAAAUGUUAGAGAAACGCCACCAAAUACAACACCUAAACGCUUGAAAAAACCCAUCAAUGAAGCCGAUUAUGUGAAUAUGGAUAAAGUUCAGAUAAAGAAUAUUAAAAAAGAAAAGGAAGAAGAGCCACCGGUUACCACUGCUACUAAAAAGCGUGUAGAAGAGCCGAAAAAAUCGACGAGUUCCGCGAAAAGCGCGCCAUCGAAGACUUCAAAAACUUCUACCGUUUCGGUUUCUUCGUCAAAAGCCAGUACGGCCAGUGCUAGCAAGAAAGCAGCUGUAGAAGCUAAAGUUGUUAAGAAAGAGAAAGAAGAGGAAGAUCUUAAGGGACUCGAGGAAAUGUAUUAUGGUAUACAAGAUGGCUACGAUGAGUAUUAUGAAAUAUUCCCCUAUAAACCGGAAAAGAAAGACGAAGACCCAGGCGUAGUUUAUCCGAAGAGUGUAGAGUGUCCCAUUUGCGAUACGGCCACUACGUUCGAUUCGAACGAUAAGCUGCAAAAGCACUUGAUUUCGCAUAUUAUUAUCGAGGGUAAAGACACCAAACAUCAGUGCGUGUAUUGCUUGGAAAAACAUAACUCUGAAACGCAACUCAACAAGCACUAUUCAUUAAUGCAUCCGAAGGAGACUAAAAGUUCUAAUUCACCAUCAUUUCGUUGUUUGUUGUGCCAGCAACGUUUCAAUUCUUUGAACUUUUUGACUUCCCAUUUGCAAAACAAGCACAGCCUGCUUGAAUUACCCUAUUGCUGCCAAGCUUGCGGUUACCGUUCAUCGUCACAUCGGGACAUUGUCAUGCAUUUCUACGAGGGUCACAAACAUCAAAACGUAUUGCAGUGUCCGUAUUGCUUGGAUAUAUACCGUUUCUCUUAUAAAGGAAAAUUAAGUCAGAGUAAUAUUGAAAACUAUUACAUGCACUUGCGGCAACAUCUAGGUAAAAGAGAUGCGCAAUUGAAAUGCCAAAAAUGCGCUUUAACGUUCAUCGAUAAAGGAUCUUUAAAACAACACUCGUCAAACCAUCACAGCAGUUUGAGUAAAAAUUCUCAAAAUAUACGACAAUUAUUAAGGAAUUCUAUGCUGGUACCUCCACCCAAGGUACGUUCUCAUCAUCGUGAGCCCCUACCUUUCACCACACAAUCCAAAUUUGGCGAAUUCUAUGCGUUUAUCGAUGGAUCUAUUUGCGCUGAAUGCAAUUCGGAAAUUAUUAACGAGGGCCAUUUUACUGGUGUUCUAAAGUGCAAUAAAUGUAAUUAUAAAACUUGCUGCGAACGGGCCAUGUUUCAACAUGGCACCGAUUGUAAUGGCGCUGGCUCCAAAGAUGUUAUGGAAUUGCCUUUGGCCAACGAAAUGCAUUGCAUUUGUGGCUUUUCGACAGCUAACGGUAAUAAAAUGGCUCAUCAUUUAGCUGCUUGUGGGCAUAAAUCAGCCUAUCCCUCAUUGGAGACGGCUCAAGAAAAUACCGUAAAACGUAAUAUGCUGGAUAUGUUGGGUUUGGUAAAGAGAGAUGGCGAGCAAGGCAAUGAAAAUGAUGUAAAUGAUAGUAAUCAGCCGCAAGAAGAAUCAGGCAGUGUGCAAACAGACUUAUCGGUUGCUGCUGUCGACGAGAGUAAUGUGACAGAAACUUUGCAACCGCCACCCGAACCUAUGGAUACUGACACGGCUACUUUGGCCGAUGCGACACCCAUACAAUUCGGCCAAAUGGAUGCUGCUCCACAGCAACAUGUUGCUGCUACAACGGCUGCUGCUGCCGGUUCUCAACACUACGCUCAUAUUGUGGAUAAUAGCAGUCACUUGCAGACGGGCCAUACUCAUGCCCAAUAUCACUUAGGUUUUGGCCAAGCUGAAGUUGCUGGACAUACUUUAAAUGCUGCUGAUAUUGAUAUGCCAUUGAUUGGCGAAUUAGCUGAUCCAAAUCCGCCACCUACUCCCCAAUUUUUGGGAGAAGUACAUACACCUAUGUUUGAUGCGGUAGCGGCAGCCGAGCAACAACACUACCAUCAACUCAUGCAACAGCAGCAUCUGCAGCAACAUUCACAUCAUCAUGGAGCUCAAUGAAAGUGACCGAAGAUGGCUAGGGAUCGAUCGUUUACUUUACCUUGGCAAAAUUAUUGAAAUGAAAGGCGUUUAAUUAAAAAAAAUUUUCAAGAAUUGACAAAAAUUAA